GCCGUCGCAAUGCCCCUCCUCGGCUUCGGCGUCUACCAGAUCCACGGCCCCGCCGUCGGUCCGGCGUGCGAGGCAGCCCUGGCGGCAGGGUACAGGCACGUCGACACAGCGCAGCUGUACUGCAACGAGGCCGAGGUGGGCGCCGCGGUGGUGCGGGUCCUCUCGGGCGGCGUGCCGCGCGCCGACGUCUUCGUCACGACCAAGAUCCGGCACUCGGCUAGAUCGGGCGAGGCGACGUACCGGAGGGCGAGGGCGAGCGUGGGGAGGGUUGAUCAGCGGGGGGUGGAUGGGGAUGGGGAUGGGGAAGGGGAUGGGGAAGGGGAAGGGGGCUAUGUGGAUCUGUUCCUCGUGCACAUGCCGUGGGGAGGGCGCAGGGAGAGGCGGCUCAUGUGGCUCGCGCUCGAGAAGUUGUUUGAGGAGGGCCGGGCGAGGGCGAUCGGGGUGAGUAACUACGAGAUCGAACACAUCGAAGAUAUGAGAGGCUAUGCCAAGGUCCUGGCGCUGACCACGACGAAUCCCAAACAGCUUCACCCUUGGAAGCAGCAGCGGGAGCUUGUUGCCUACUGCAGGAAGCACGGGAUCGUGGUGCAGGCAUACAGCCCACUUGCCAGGGCGGGAAAGAUGGAAGACCCGACGCUCGUCGCCGUGGCAGAAAAGUAUGGAAAGACACCUGCUCAGAUCCUGAUUCGAUACUCCCUCCAAAAGGGGUGGGUGCCACUCCCCAAGAGUGAGAGGCCUGAGAGAAUCCGCGAGAAUGCCAUGGUGUACGACUUUGAGAUCUCGGACGAGGCCAUGGAAACUCUUGAUGCCUUGGACGAACAGGACUAGGAGACAAUUAUCCAGGUACGUGGCAGGGAGUGUUCAAGACGGGAGGUCCCGACUUCGAGUUUCGAGUCAUAGUGCAGGCUGCAAUGGAGACCUGCCUACGUGCCUGUCAUCAAUGAGACAUUCUUCGUAAACAACGGCCCCAGGCAACCGUGGUGACCUAUACCCCUCGAAGCAAUUGGUUACACUGUAUGUAUAUUUGAAAGGCGAUGCCCUGUUGAUGAGUGUGGAUCUGAUAUACCCAUGACGGUCCCACGUCCACUGCGUGGACCUCGAUGCUG